AAGUUAGAAGCUGAUUGGCUACCAUGCACAGCUGCACCAGAUUCUGAGUGCUCCAGUUUUAGUAAAUCUCCCCCAAGGUGUCAGUUAACCCCCCUGGCGGUACUCCUGAGUGUAACUCGGGGUAAAGUUUCAGUACCAAAAGCGGUAACCCCGAGCUACACUCGGGAAUACCUUGCAGCGCUGCUCCGGGAUCUGUUCUUCUCUUACCUUGUCUUUCGCUCCUGCGGUGUUCCUCCUGCAGUGUCCCCUGUAAUGUCCUCCGGCCGAUGCCGGCAUCUGUCUUCUGGGUUCCGUUCCCUGCAACGUCGGGACGUACAGGGACAGAACGGCAGGAAAUUUGAAAAUGACAAAAAGUGACAUUCACUAAAUACACUAA